AUGAACAUUCCCUUCUCCUACGUGGCGCCCAAGACGUACGAAGAAAGCGAUCCAGAAAAUCUAGGCGUCAUCGUCGAGAAACUUCGCAUGGUGGAAUUCCCGUUCAGGCGGUCUUGGGACGACGGACCUGAUGAGGACGGAUACAUGUGCAUUUGGUCGAGAACGGAUGGCUUCUGGAGCUUUGAGGCGCUUCACAUCCGGCAGGAGCCCCACUUCUUUUCCAAAGCCCCACUCGUCUUCGCCACCUUCCGUUAUGAGCACAAGCUCCAUGUAGUGCUCUAUCCUGACUCCACGAUACACGAGACUCGCAUGAUCUCCCCACCCCCCCCACGUCAAUGCUGCUAUGAGCAACCAUGCCCCCCCCCAAGCUUCGUCUGGCAGCAAGACGACUCCGGCCGUUGGCAGAGCGCCUUUGUCAACGAGAAAGACACCUUUGUAUUCGCCGUCGAGUUUGCAUCCUCGUCCGGUUGCCUAGUUGAACUCCCGCGAGUCCAGCACGUCUUUGCGCUGAACGACGGGGUCGACCACAUAAACGGCCCGCCUUCACCGCCUUCCGUAUUGCGUUGGCGCUCAUGCUCCCGUUGCCUGUCAAAGCGUCGGGUUUACGAAGAUGUCGGCGUGCCGAUGCCCGGCGGUUAUCUCCCCCACUCUAUCGCGCCGGGCCAACCUCUCGAGCCACGCACACCCUGUUCCUACCUAGAAAGCAUGCGUGCUUGCAGUCGCCGUUUUCGUACCCCAGCUGAGGGGCCCUAUCAGCCUGCUACGGCUCAACAGCGUCCUCACGUCGAUAGAUCAGAGCAAAGCGUGUGGUGGGGAUGGUUGAAGCGACUGCUCGGGAUGUGA